GAGGAGGCGGAAGAGGAGCUGUCGGAGGGGGGAGGAGGGAGGGAGGAAAAAGAGGAGGAGGCGGAGGAGAACUGAGCUGAGCAGAGCAUCGAGCCAAAGGGGAGAUGAGUUUGUCUGUCCUCGGCUGAGGCUCCGGCCGGGCCUAGGGAAGUGGGAGCACGGGUUGGAGCGACACCCGUGGAAGUGGGAGGAGGUGGCUCUGGGACUUUAACCCCUUGUGGGCUCUGCGGCAGGGGAUUUAACCCUUUGUGGAUCCGGCCCCUCGGAGUCAGCGUCAUCGGGUAGUUUUAACCCCUUCGGGGCUGGGUUUAACCCGUUGGAUUUAACCUAAUCUCCUUGCCCACCAACUCCUUGAUCGCGGGGUCGCUCUGCGGGGAGGCUUGAGGCCCACCCCCUCUGCACAAUACCUACUGUUCCUGCUGCUGCACCCCCUUGGACCCGCUAGCCGGCCGCGCUGUGGGCCCUUAACCCUUUACUGACUUGAGCGCCCCCAAAUUGCAUUUGGAGUUUGCUGACAGAAGGAUUGGCUGAAGGCAUCACUGCAGGAAUUACAGACAGAAGAGGACUGUGUUGGACAUUUUUGAAAGAAAAGAAAACCCUUUUUUCCUCAAGGACUUACAGCCAAAAUUCUUCAAACUCCGAGAAGAGGAUUCUGUUAGCAAUGGCCGAGCCACUCUUGUCAGAGUAUCAGCACCAGCCUCAAACUAGCAACUGUACAGGUGCUGCUGCUGUCCAUGAAGAGCCGAACUCUGAUCGCCCCCCAGACGCGGAGGAGCGGGUGCCCGAGGAGGACAGUAGGUGGCAAUCGAGAGCGUCCCCCCAGUCGGGUGGCUCUCCGGGGCAGGGCGGGGAAGGGAGCCCGGAGCUCCAGCCGCCUCCCGUGCAGACCCAGGUCUGCCCAGAAUCCAGCUGUCCGGAAGCGGGUGAGAGGGGCCAGAAUGGGGACGACUUGUCCGCUGGCGGUGCCCCCCAGCCGGCGGCAGGAGGGGAACAGAGGCCGAAGGCCAACAAGUUGGGGGCUUCUGCCGCAGGGGGCGAGGAGGCGUGGGGACAGCAGCAGAGACAGCUGGGCAAGAAAAAACAUAGGAGACGCCCCUCCAAGAAGAAGCGGCAUUGGAAACCGUACUACACGCUGACCUGGGAGGAGAAGAAAAAGUUCGAUGAGAAACAGAGCCUGCGAGCUUCGAGGAUUCGAGCCGAGAUGUUCGCCAAGGGCCAGCCAGUGGCUCCCUAUAACACCACGCAGUUCCUCAUGGAUGAUCACGACCAGGAGGAACCGGAUCUUAAAACCGGCCUCUAUCCCAAACGGGCCGCUGCCAAAUCUGACGACACCAGCGAUGAGGACUUUAUGGAAGAAGCGGGCGAGGAGGAUGGGGGCAGCGACGGGAUGGGAGGAGACGGCAGCGAGUUUCUGCAGCGGGACUUCUCGGAGACCUACGAGCGGUACCACGCGGAGAGCCUGCAGAACAUGAGCAAGCAGGAGCUCAUCAAAGAGUACCUGGAGCUGGAGAAGUGCCUCUCGCGCAUGGAGGACGAGAAUAACCGGCUGCGGCUGGAAAGCAAGCGGCUGGGCGGCGACGACGCGCGUGUCCGGGAGCUGGAGCUGGAGCUAGACCGGCUGCGCGCCGAGAACCUCCAGCUGCUGACGGAGAACGAACUGCACCGGCAGCAGGAGCGAGCACCGCUGUCCAAGUUUGGAGACUAGACUGAAACUUUUGGGGGGGAGGGGGGCAAAGGGGACUUUUUACAGUGACGGAAUGUAACAUUAUAUACAUGUGUAUAUAAGACAGUGGACCUUUUUAUGACACAUAAUCAGAAAAGAAAUCCCCCCUGGCUUUGGUUGGUUUGGUAAAUUUAGCUAUGAUGUAGCUUGUGUGCUUUCUCCUGUUCUUUAAUUAUGUGAAACUGAAGGGUUGCUUUUCUUGUUUUCCUUUUUAGGAGCUUUUUUUUCUUUUUUAAUGUGUAAUUUGACCAAGUUAUAAAGCAUUUUUCUGUUAAAAAUCCCCUCCUUAAGUGGAGCUAUAAGGUGGCCAAAUCUGAGAACCAUUAAAUUCAUUCUAGUUAUAAUAAAUUUAAUAUUUGUAAAUGUAAUGUAGUUUCAGUGUGAUUUCUAGAGCUAAUUCAGAAUAGUACUGAUUUAUGUGAUUGCGUUUUUUGGGGGGUAAAGGAAUCAUCUAAUUUGUCCAUUUUCAAAAAACAAUCUUUAAUGGGAGAAUUUUCAAUUUGCCCAGUUUUCCCUUGAAUGGGUUUUAGUGUGCUACAAUAUACAGUUCCGGCAAAAUAUAAAGAUUUAAUUAUCUUCAA